UUUUUCGGGCAGGUGACUCACCUUUGUUCUUACUCGCAAACACACACUCACACACACUCACAUACGCCGGGGCGCGAUGAGUUAAGGAUGUGAGUUAGGCGGAUUUCUGUGGAAGAAAAUCAGGAACUUCACACUGACGAGAAACUCUUCAUGUCGUCACUUGAAGUGAUUUGAAUGUGCUUAUGAUGAAGGUUUUUAUUGGUCUGAUCCCGGCCUGAGAGGGACGCCGGAGUUUUGCGGUUGUUGGUCGGACAGUUUGAAGGCCUGGAAACAUGCUGGUUGGUGGUGUGUUCACGCUCCUGCUCUUUCUCAUCAGUGGAGUUUCUGCUGGGGAUGUUCUGCCUCCAACAAACGUGACCCUGAGCUGCACUAAUCUCAAUGUCACAGUCAGCUGGAAGUACCGGGAACGGCAACAACAAACCAGCUUCAGGGUAUACAUUAGAGGAUCUGCUGGGGAUUAUGAGACCGAAACCACGGACCAUCAGUACGAUCUGAGCCACUUCGUCUGGCAAUCUGAAGAGCGCUACUUGGACUUCUACUACGUCACUGUAACAGCCAUAGAGGGCGGCAACCAGUCCCAAUCAGUAACAUCUGAAACAUUCACCUUUAACAAGUUCAGUUAUCCUCAGAAAAGAUGUGCGUUGGAUUUCCCUCCUGCGGAUCUGAAUGAGAAUGAUUCUGGGGCCACAGUCAGUUUUGUGAAUCCCCUCUACCUCUACAGAGAACUGAAGGAGGCUGACAAACCGUAUACUGUCACCUUUAUAUACAAUGUCUUUUCAGAUGGAGCCUUGAAGUCGGGACCUGCUGAGUGCACAGCGGCACAGGAACACUGCAAACAUGAUGUCUCAUUUCCUGAGGGUGUGGAGAAGUGCGUCAACUUGAGUGGAUGGCUGAAUGCCGGGAAUAAUGUUGGUGGGGUGGUGUUCAGAGAGAGCGGUCGCAUUUGUCUCAGUGAAUCAACUGAGCUCCAUGCUGUAGUGCUUACUGUAAUGCUGUUCGUCCUCGCCAUCGUAAUCAGUGUGAUAGUAAUUAUCAUCUAUAAGGCAAACGCCUGGACAAUGAAGAUACCCAGCUUACCCGAACCUCUGAUCUCAGAGCCGCACCCCAGGGACCGGGACAUGUAUGCUCAUAUGUCCCACGAACACUUCAGUCAGGUGAUUGUCAGCCAGCCCUGCAAGAACCCGUCAGUCAGCUCUGAAGAGGAGAACCAUCUCAUGGAGAACCUGGACAGCAGCGCCGGCUCCGGUUUCCAGCAUGAUGGGUUGUACAUGGAGGGAGGACUUUCAGAGGGAUACGGGAGAGGUGAUGACUCUGAAAACAGCUCAGUGAAAUCAGAGACUGAUUCGACUGGUUUGGAGGAGGAGGAUGAGGAGGAGUUGGAGGAGGUGUCACCCUACGACUGCCCACACACUCUGCAGGUGGACAUGGGUGAUGGAGACAUGGUCACAGGUUACAGCAAGAGGUAAAGGAGGACUUGAUCUGGGAUUGAAGUUCGUUUCAUGACGGUUUUAACUCAUCCAGGACCGUCCUCACAUGUUCGUACCUCGGAUGCACUACAGAGCCUAAACAAGUGCACUAAGGGAGGUGGUGCUCAAGAGACGCUCAUACCUUCUUGCUUCUGACUGCUGUGAUAAAAACGCAUUGACCUACAUGUUUGAGGAUAUCGUCGGUUUGCCUUGCUGCUGCAUUUGGAGAUAAUCAGAUGAAUCAAAACAGAAAAAGUCCGAUUUUCUACAAAACAAAGAGGAUGAAAAAAAUACUCCUGCCUGUCAUGCAUUUUGAAGAGCCUUUCAUGAACAUGAAACCUCAGCUACAUUUAUAACCUUUUUAACUUUUAUUUUAUGAGAAGAAACUGUAGUUAACGCUGCUGUUUUAAUCUGCUAAACAAACCGGUGAUCUUCCAGUCACUUGCCAGCUGUUUUCUGUCUGGCUGCAGAGGUAUACAGUUCUAUCUUUUACCCUCAGCCAUCUCUGCUCCUGCGGCAUUUUAUCAGAUGCAGCAGUGCAGACCAGUUGCAAAACACCAUCCGGAAAUUUUUCAUCUCAAAGAAAACACGCUUCAAAAGAAGAACAAGUUGUACGAGUGCUUUCUGUUGUCUUUAAGUAUCGGCUGAAACUUGUUGUAUGUGUGGCUGUUAUUCAUGAAGGGAAGGAGCUCCAUUUUUUAUCUUCACCAGCAUGUAUGGUUUUGUUUUGUUUUUAAAGGAAAGUUCACCUAAAUGGCACACAAAAAGCAUUGUCUCACUUGCAUCAAGUGGUAUUUAAAGGUUCUGUAUAAGCUUGGAUGGCUGAGCUGACAAACAUGGCGACUGCAAGUGGUGGGGAUAACAUAACAGGACUGUAACAGCUGCAACCGUCCAGAUGUAUAAUAAUAACUAGACCUGAUCGGUCAAACGGAAUUGCUCGCUAGGACUGAUUUCUAUGUAAAGUUUUCAAAUUGUUGGAAAUUCAAAAGGAUGUGACGUCAUGCACACUGCCGAGUGCCUUGACUCGUGAGCUCCACUACAGUGCUAACACUGUGCAGUAGUAGCUGACAUAAGUUAGAAAAGGAGUCCACUAAUAUCAACAAAUGACCAGCAUCCACCACAGCACAGAGUCAAACAUGCUGUGUUUUCGUGAUAUAAAUUUUGCAGCGGUGGCCCGGCAGAGACGAACCUUUACUUGCACUUGCGCUGGCUGAAUUUGAGCUGCUACAGGAGGUGACUGAAGGUCUGUCUCCGGAGCUGCCGUCGGUUCUCCUCCUGGCGAAGUUGUCUCCGAGUAGUGGGGUUGAGUUGGAGGGACCAUGUGGUGCGCUCGCUAAUUCUUGUUUCAUUUGUGGUCUAACAAACAGUAAAUUCAUCAAAUUCAGUUCCCUUCGAUGCAGAAAAAUCCCAAAGUUAACACUAACGUGAAAUAUGUGGGUAUAUUGCAAUAAUGUGCUAACACAGACGAAUUGCUAGCUUGGUAAUGUAGCAAAAUACUGUCUAGAGUGAUUAACAUCAUCCAAUUCAUCCAGAUUCCCGGGGCUGGUUAGCAAAUUACUUAGAUAAUGUCACAAAGCAGCCAACAACAGAUCCAUGCAGUGAAGAUAAGUUACAUAUAGCUGGGCGGUCUAUUACCUAACCAGAACCCAAGGUUAGCCAGCUAGCUGUAUAUUAACAUUAGCUGAUUAAGUCAUUUGUUAACAGAGAGCUAGUUAAAAUCAUGGAGUCAGUGGUCCAAAUGAGAGAAACAGAUUUGGCCGAUGCCCAAAUGCUCGCUUGGGGGCUCGCUGGCCACCGGAGUUAUUAAUAACAACGAUUUUCUUCAAGUUACAUACAGAACCUUUAAUCAUGUGUAUAGGUCUGGUUGUAUAUUUGGCAUAAUAUUCCUGCUAUCGUCACAGUAAACAAGGGUGAAUUGAAUCCGUUUUUAGAAUCAGUGGUCCACAAAUGAUAAUCCACAGAACCAACUGUCACAGGGACUUUUUCUUUGGUAGAAAGUAGUUCUAAUGAAAAAUAUUUAUGGCAAAGAUCUGUGGAUUGUUCACCGUAAAUGUGGAAACCUAUUUAUGCAAAGAGAUGUUGAGUCUUUUAAAGUCAUUUUGAGCAUUUGAACUCCAAAUAUUAACCUUUAAGUACCACUACAGGUAAAUAAGAAAAUGUUUUCUGGCGUUUGGGUGAAAGACUCGUCCUGGAUGUUCCGAGCAAGCUUGAGUGUUUCGUUUUGAAUGUUGUUAAACUGAGCACCUCAUACAGUCUGGACUUUCCACUCCUGGCAGCAGAUUGACAUGCAUUAUAAAUACCUUUCAGUCACGUUGUUAUGUGCCACACCUAAUUUCUCGGCUUUGAGCUACAGUUAAUGCUCAGUGUUUCCAUUCUGUUAUUGAGCAACCUGGGACCUGCCUAACUGGUUCUGUGUAGCCGAUGUGUGGGAGUGUUUCUGUUGUUCGAGAUGAUUGGUUUUGUUUACAGUAAUUCAGGGUAUUUUCUAUUUUAUUUUUUAUUGUGGCAAAUUUAACCUUGUUAAUAAAUUAUAUUUUAAAAUAAUCUGUUCGAUGUAUGAGAUGUGAAUUCAAUUAAGUUUUUUGGUCUUUAACUGGACAGAAAAGUUCCCUUCCUCCACUUCACCUGAUGCCCAUUUGCAUGACAGGGAAAAACAACAUGUUGCUUUGCCAAAGACUUCCUGCUCUGAUCUGGCGUCAGCCUGAAGUUUAAAUAAAUACGUGUGUGAUAGAUAAUCAUCAGCUAACCUGUGGGGACAAGCGCAGUUUGAUAAGAUCAACAUGAA